CGCAUCAGUGCAAGGCUGACAGGCAUAAUUUGUAUCGCCACGUAAUCCAGAGGGACCGACCUUAUGACUAUAUAAACAACGCGUUUGCUUCCUUGGCGCGCGCUAAUUCAUCACUCUCUACUGCUAGUGCUACUAGUGCAGCUCUGGCCAGUCUAAUUUCUCUUACAAUCAUUAACACAAACACCUAUAGCUCAAAAACAAGACAAUGGAGGAAAUGGACGAAACUGAAGCUGUAUCUCAGGUUUACAUGGCCUGCAUCUUACAUGGUCAUCGUGUUGGAAUUUCUUAUUAUGAUUCUAGUAUUCGCCAACUUAAUGUGCUUGAGGUUUGGGAAGAUGGCAGCCUCGACUUCCCCCUGAUUGAUCUAGUAAAAUCUCAGGCUAAGCCCCUGAUCAUUUACACGAGCAGUAAAAGUGAAGAAUCAUUUAUCUCUGCUUUACAGCGAAGUGAUGGAUUUACUGAGGCUCCUACAGUGAAACUGGUGAAAAGUGCAAUUUUCAGCUAUGAGCAAGCAUGGCACAGAUUGAUAUAUCUUCGAGUAACAGGAAUGGAUGAUGGGCUUAACAUCAAGGAGAGGCUGUCUUAUCUAAGUUCUAUGAUGGACAUGGGAAGUGAAAUUCAAGUUCGAGCAAGUGGCGGUCUUCUGGCCAUAUUAGAGAAUGAAAUGAUUGUAGACACCCUUGAGCAAAAAGAAUGUGGGAGUGCAUCGAUUACAAUUGAUUCUAUCACAGAAAUUUCACUAAAUAAAUUUCUUAAGCUGGACGCAGCAGCUCACGAGGCAUUGCAGAUUUUCCAAAUAGACAAACAUCCAAGCCAUAUGGGCAUUGGCAGAUCAAAAGAAGGGUUCUCUGUCUUUGGAAUGAUGAAUAAGUGUGUGACACCAGUGGGCCAACGUCUUUUGAGGAAUUGGUUCCUGAGGCCUAUACUGGACCUUGAAAGUUUGAACGGACGUCUCAAUGCGAUAUCAUUCUUUUUAUGUUCUGAAGAGCUGAUGGCUUCCCUUCGUGAAACACUAAAGUCCAUUAAGGAUAUUCCCCGUCUGCUCAAGAAAUUCAAUUCACCAAGCUCAGUCUGCACUACUGGUGAUUGGGCAGCCUUUUUGAAGAGCAUUUGUUCACUGUUACAUGUGGAUAAGAUCUUUGAAUCAGGCUUAUCCGAAAGUCUGAGAGAGCAGGCAAAAAGUUAUAAUGUCAAUAUUUUCGAGCAGGCUUCUUCAUGUAUAUCAACAGAGCUGGCUUAUGUCUAUGAAUUGGUGAUUGGUGUUAUUGAUGUUAAUAGAACUAAAGAGAAAGGUUACGGAACAAUAGUGAAAGAGGGUUUCUGUGAUGAGUUGGAUGAACUGCGGCACAUCUAUGAGGAACUGCCACAAUUUCUGCAAGAGGUCUCCUCAUUGGAGCUCGCACAACUUCCCCAUUUGAGGAACGAGAAGUUUGCUCCUUGUGUUGUGUAUAUACAUCAAAUAGGAUAUUUGCUGUGUAUUUUUGAAGAAAAACUUGAUGAAUCCUGGCUAGAUAAGCUUCAAAAUUUUGAAUUUGUGUUUUCUGAUGCUGAUGGGGAGACCAAAAGAUUCUUUUAUCGUACCCCAAAAACACGGGAAUUGGAUAAUCUUCUUGGUGACAUUUAUCAUAAGAUUUUGGAUAUGGAGAGAGCAAUUACUAGAGAUCUGGUGUCACAUAUUCUUCUAUUUUCUGCAUUUCUUUUUAAAGCUGUGAAUUUUGUUGCCGAACUUGAUUGUCUAUUGUCAUUGGCGCUAGUUGCUCGUCAGAACAAUUAUGUGCGGCCCAUUUUGACCGAAGAAACAUUGCUUGAUAUUCAGAAUGGAAGGCAUGUGUUGCAGGAAAUGACUGUAGACUCAUUUAUUCCUAAUGAUACAAAGAUUCUUGAUGAUGGGAGAGUCAACAUCAUCACUGGUCCUAAUUAUUCAGGGAAGAGUAUAUAUAUAAAGCAGGUAGCUUUGAUUGUUUUCCUUUCACACGUGGGAAGUUUUGUACCAGCAGAUGCUGCUACUGUGGGGUUGACUGAUAGGAUAUUUUGUGCAAUGGGAAGCAAACUUAUGACUGCAGAGCAAUCAACAUUCAUGAUAGAUCUGCAUCAAGUAGGAAUAAUGCUAAGGCAGGCAACUUCACGGUCUCUGUGUCUAUUAGAUGAAUUUGGUAAAGGUACACUUACAGAAGAUGGUGUUGGUCUGCUUGGUGGAACCAUAAAUCAUUUCAUUGCAUGUGAUGACCCUCCAAAGGUUCUGGUGUGCACUCACUUGAGCGAGUUAUUUAGUGAGAGAUGCUUGCCAAAGUCUGAGAGGGUAAAGUUUUAUACAAUGAGCGUGCUGAGGCCUGAGAACCAUUCUACAGAUGUUACGGACAUUGUAUUUCUUUACAGGUUAGUUCCUGGGCACACUCUUCUUAGCUAUGGACUACAUUGUGCUCUACUUGCUGGCGUUCCUGAGGAAGUUAUUAAGAGAGCAGCAGCUGUGUUAAGUAGUACGGGGAAUAACAAUCGGGUUGAACGAUUAUGCAACGAGAACAUAUCAGUUCAAGAUCAACAAUGCAAGGAUGCAGUGGACAAGAUGCUGUCCUUUGAUGUUCUUAAUGGUGACCUCAACCUUCUCUUCAAAGAUAUAUUUCCUUCUUGAUCUGCAGAGUGUCAGAGACCAGUUUUUGCCUGCCCAUUUUUCUUAAAUGCGAUGCCCAUCUGUUCUUGAAACUUGUAAGGCGUAACUACUAUGAUAUGAUAGACGCAGUUCUGCUUACUUUGAUACCCCGAAAGACAAAUAUUUUCGAGUAAGUAAAAAGACGCCAACACGAACAUAUAUGACAAUCAUGUUGGUUAAGCUGCAAUUAGCUGCCUCAUAUUCAAGGGAUAUAUAUACUGCGAUUGAUUGUCGAAGAUGGUGUUCACGAGAACACGAUCAGUUGCCUCUGUUGGAUGAACCAUAUCCCAGAAGACAUGAUUGCUUCUGUCAGAGCAAUAGGUUGAAACUGGAAUGCAGGGAAUUUCAGCAUUCAGCUUUCCAAGCCCACAACAAGCUGCUUUAACCUCGGUAAAUCCUGAAAUGGAAAGACUUGCUACAUUAGGAUUAAUUGAUUACUGAGUGCUACUUUUGCUUACAUGAGUGUUCAGCUAUGUUGCAUGGAAAUUUUUCGAGUCUUGCGUUUCGACGUUUCAUUUUUAUUUCCAAAAAUACUUCUGAAACUCUAAAGUUUUAUAUUUAUAACUUUUUUUAAAAUGUAGUUUUACCGAUUUCCGAUUCA